AUUUCAGUACCAAGAGCGGUAACCCCGAGCUACACUCGGGCUUACCAUGCAGCGUUGCUCAGGGAGUCCCUGCAGCACUUACCUUGUCCUUCGCUCCCGCGAUGUGUCCCCUGCAGCGUCCCCGGCCAUCUCCUCCGGCCCGAUGCCGGCAUCCGUCUUCCGUGUUCCAGUCCCUGUGACGUCGGGACGUACGGGCGCCGGAACCGGCGGCAAAUUUGAAAUUUUUAAAAAAUGUAAUUUUUUAAAAAAUUAUUAUUUGCUUUGUCCUGUGCCCUGUCUGCAUUUUGACUGUUCUUUC